CGGGAAAGGCGGGAAAAGGAGCCGGGAAUUCCGCGGGAUCGGCACCGGGAAAGGCGGGAAAAGGAGCCGGGAAUUCCGCGGGAUCGGCACCGGGAAAGGCGGGAAGAGGAGCCGGGAAUUCCCCGGGAAUUCCGCAGCCGCGCGCCCCGAGCCGAGGACCGGGAUCCGGGAUCCAGGAUCGGGAUCCAGGAUCGGGAUCAGCACCAGGGUCAAGAUCGGCAUCAGGAUCUGAAUCCAGCACCGGGAUUGGGAUCAGGAUCUGGGAUCGGGAUCCAGGACUGGGAUCCGGGAUUGGGAUCAGCACCGGGAUCUGAAUCCAGGAUCGGGAUCAGCACCGGGAUCGGGAUCCAGGAUCAGGAUCAGCACCGGGAUCCAGCACCGGGAUCGGGAUCCAGGACCGUGAUCCGGGAUCGGGAUCCGGGAUCGCUCCAUGGCCUCGCUCCGCUCCCCGUCCCCCCCGUCCCGCGGGGCUGAGGAGGAUCCCGGGAAUUUGGCGUCCAUCACCAUCCCGGCCUCGCCCUUCAUGCAGAAGUUGGGAUUCGGCACCGGAGUCAGCGUCUACCUGAUGGAAAGGUCUCCCCGCGGCUGUUCCCGCUCCCCCUGGGCCGUGAAGAAAAUCAACUCCGGCUGUUCCGGGAUCCAGCGCAGCCUCUUCCAGCAGCGCCUCCGGAACGAGGCCCAGACCUUGCGCAACCUGCGGCACCCCAACGUCGUCGGGUACCGGGCUCUGGCUGUGGCUCCCGACGGGAAUCUCUGCCUGGCCAUGGAAUUCGGGGGCGAGCGUUCCCUGUGGGAUCGGAUCCAGGAGCGCCGGGAGCGCGGCCGCGGGGCCUUUCCCGCCGGAGCCGUCCUGCGCGUCGGGCUGGGCGUGGCCCGGGGGCUGCAGUACCUACACACGGAGCAGCGGCUGCUCCACGGUGACAUCAAAUCCCCGAACGUCGUCGUGCGCGGGGCCUUCGAAUCCGUCAAAAUCUGCGACGUCGGAGUCGCCCUGGCCCUGGACGAGAACCUGGAAGCGCGCGAUCCCGAGCAGCCGUACGUGGGGACGGAGCCGUGGCUGCCUCCGGAGGCGCUGGAGCCGGGCGGGAUCAUCUCGGAUCGCUCCGACAUUUUCCCGCUGGGGCUGACGCUGUGGGAGAUGCUGGCGCUGAGCGUGCCCCACCUGCCCGACUGCAGCGAGGAUUCCUUCUCCUCGGAGGAUUCCCUGCGCUCCGAGGAUUCCCUGCGCUCCGAGGAUUCCCGCUGCUCGGAGGAUUCCGAGGAUUCCUGGGAGCGGCAGUUCCGGGCGCGUUUGGGCUCGCGGCCGCCGCUGCCGGCGGAGGCGGCGCUGGAUCCGGCGCUGGGAUCCGUGCGGGAAUUGUUCUNCGCUGCCCAUGGCAAUUCCACAGGAACUGCUGGAGUGAGGGAACAGCACUCCCAGAGCUCCGGAAUUCCUGCAUUCCUGGAGCUCCAGAGCCCCGGCAUUCCCGGAGUUCCAGCCCCGACAUUCCCAGGUUUCCAACUCUGCCAGGCCCUGGAGCCGCUGCCCAUGGGAAUUCCCCAGGAACUCCUGGAGUGA